GCCCCAAUGUUUUUACUUUCCACCAGUCAUUCGAACGAUUAUCGCCUCGAAGGGCGCCUUGUUGGGCACAAGAACGCCAUCAAUUGCUUAGCAGUCUCUCGCAAUGGCAAUAUGUUAGCAAGCGGGGGCUCUGACAGAAUGAGAAUCUGGGACCUCAAAAGGCGAGUUCAGCUCCCAACUCCACCACAAACCCCAGCCGUUCGAAAUCCAACCGAUCCCGUGACUUGCGCAUGUUGGAUUACCCGCCAUGAGGCAACGCGCGAGACACUAUGCUAUGGCACGGGACUUGGUUUCAUAGGGAUUUGGCAACAGCAGGGGGAAGGUUUGCUGGACUUUGACGCAAAAGUAUCAAGGAGGAUCGGAACGGGUAAGGAAAUUAUGUGUCUUACAUACGACCAUACCGGGAACGAAACUCGAAUUGCGAGUGGGACGCGCGACAAACGCGUUCAAGUAUGGGCAUUUGACUUCAAAGGACCGUUAAUACCGAUUUUUAGCGUUGAGCUCGCUACUACGAUCCCACGCACACUAAAUUUCCACCGUACUGCAAGUCGAAACAUAGUAGUCUUUGGCAUGUAUGACGGCGAGAUCCAUGUACUUAGGGGCACAGAUGGCGUUAUUAUCGCCACAAACAACGCUGGACCGAUGAUCGGGCAUGCUUCUGUGGACGCAGCUCAAACGCUGUUCCUGAUCGACAAUGUCAUGAACGGAUUCAGCUUACAUCGCCUGGAGGAUGCAGUGUGCAUCCGUACCUAUAAUACCAACCCAGUCAAGACAUUCCCGAAGCAGGUUGUUUUUGGGGCGAAGGCUACCCUUGUAGUUGGGGGCAGUGACACAGGAGUUAUUUAUGUUUUUGACAAAAAUGAAGGAACACUGAAACAAGUCUUGCAACAUGCCGAUAAUGGCCGAGUACAAACUGUGACAGUGCGUCAUUUACAUGACAUGUAA